AUGUUUCGUGGAAAAGCUUCAUCCCUAUUAAGAACUUCGGUUCUUAGGAAUUUUGAAUUAAAGAAAAAGUCAAUAAGUUUAAGCAGCAGCUUUCCCAAACGGUUUAACCAGACUACUUCAGUUUUCGGGGGCAGAGCCGCUCCAUCAUGGAGUCAAAUGGCUUCUAUAUUAUCGGGUGCAGCUGGCUUAUCAUUGUUUUUUGGAUUCUACCUUGGAAAGAAAGUACUUAAUGAUUCAAAACCCGAUUCAGAUAACCGAUCUUAUGUUGGAGAGCAUAUUCGAACAGAAACUCAAGCUUAUAAUGAACCGUAUAUGCAACAACAUCGUACGGAAGAUACAAUUGAAGCAAAGUUAGAAGAAAAGAAGAAAGAGAUGGCAGAAACAGCAUCAAAACCCAAACUAUUAAAAGAACAAAUGAAAGACGAUGAGAAACCAAACGAGCCUGACACCAGCUUCUACUCCAGUGAUGAGGUUCCCGAACCAGAAACCUCUACUGAUGAAGAGACCAUAGGCAAGCAAUUGGAGGAAGUUGAAGAAGAAGGUAACGAGGAGUCGGCUUUUGACCCUGAAACUGGUGAAAUUAACUGGGAUUGCCCUUGCUUGGGAGGAAUGGCUCACGGUCCCUGUGGUGAAGAGUUCAAGUCUGCCUUUAGUUGCUUUGUCUACUCAAAAAGUGAACCCAAAGGCAUGGAAUGUCUUGAAAAGUUCCAGGCUAUGCAAGCCUGUUUCCAAAAACACCCUGAAGUAUACAAAGAUUUGACGACCGAUAAAGAAGAAGGAGGAGAAACAAGCGAAGUUUCUACAAUGGAUGCGACGGCACCUUCGAAUGAGAAAUCAGCUAGUAACGAAGAAGCCAAAGAAUCAUCUCCUUCAUCUACACAACCAUCUAAGGGUGAUCACUAG